AUGAGUGUAUGCAGUAAGAAAGUUCUACUAUUCGGAGAAGCCAGUGAAUUAGUUGGCUGUAAAGAAAUCCACCUCCCCUUCCCUAAAUCGUGUACUCAAAAAGCUUUAAAGAGUAUUGUCAUUGAUCAGUUGGCUGAAUUGGAACCACUGAAAGAUUGUAUAACGCUUGCAGUCAAUUGGUGCUACUUGGAUACCGAAGACAGCAUCAAUUCUAUUUCUGUUGAAGAGAUAGAGGAAAUCGCUGUUUUGCCACCGAUUAGUGGAGGUUAG